AUGGACUCAGCUGAGAGGCUGACUACUAAGAUGAGGAAGUUGAAGGCCUUUUCGACAAAGGGACCACUAUUGGAACGGUCCGAGGCUGAGGAAAAGGAAGUGACGACCAUCAGACAGACCGAAGAGACAAGCGCAAAGCAAAGCAUCACGGUUAAACAAGCGAUCAAGACAGGGUCGAAGUCGGAUGGCUUGCACAACUCAGUAGGCGGGAAAGUCAACUUCGGCAGAGCAAACUCCAACGCAACUCAGCAGCAACGAAAGCGAUCAGCAUCGCUGGGCACCAAGCCCAGGACACAAAUCAGUAGUAGGCCACACUCAAGUCAGUCCACGGGCAACAAUCCAUCAAUGGGUAAGAACGAUGAUAGCAGAGCUACGAAGGCGUCGUUGGGCCUCAACGGCAAGCCGAAGAGUGAAAAGACAUCUAAGACACAGCGCAAGAAGAAAGCGGAAGCGCGUAAGAAGCAGGAAGAUCUUGUGAAUACGAUGAGGUACGGAUCCUUGAUUGAUGACAAGAGUGAAAUGGGGUGCGACUUCAUCAUGACGAUUCCUGAGCUCAACAAGUUCAUGCGAACAGCGCGACAACAUAGAGUGUUGCCAACUAUGCUCCUUUACAGAAGGCGACGGAACGGUGGAGACCAUUUCCAGGCACUCGAAUUCGAGGAUCACCUCAACCAAAACUUCAUAGUUCAGGAAACAAUGGACGUACAUCCCAAACAUGCGCGAGCGACUGGAUGA